UUCAUUGUUUUCUUAUGUAAAUGUAAAUAUUUAAAAUGACUAUUUUAAAUUAAAUGUUUACAUAGGUUUAACAUGCAAAAUGUAAGGUUAUGAUAUAAUCCUGAAUGCAAUUCAAUGUUGUUAAAUGAAAACACGUGUUUGUAAAAUUAGUAACAAACAUGUGAUUAAUUACUAAAUUAUUCAAACAUUUAUAGUAAAGCAGUGACUGAGCAAUAGAGCAAUCUUAUUUAUUGUUAAUUAUACGUUUAUUUAACUAAUUUAAUAUUUAAAAAAACAUUUAAAAAUUUUAAUAUGGAAGUAAAAGGUGAAAUUGAACUUGACAGUAAGUGUUAUAAAGCUUCUGAAAAUUAUUGGGAUCGCAUUCCUCCUACUGUUGAUGGAAUGCUAGGUGGUUUUGGAUUUUUAUCAGGAAAGGAAAUUGAUGGUUCAUCAAGAUUUCUAUCUUCAUUAUUUAAGUUAAUAAAUCCACCAUCAAAGCAACAUGCAUUAGACUGCGGUGCUGGUAUUGGUCGUGUAACGAAAAACUUAUUAUUAAAAUAUUUUGAAAAUGUUGACUUAUUAGAACAGAAUCCUAAAUUUAUUGAAUCUGCUAAAACGUAUUUAGAAAGCAAUAUAUCAAGAAUAGGCUUCCAUUGUAGUGCUUUACAGAACUUUCAUCCAACGCCACAGAAGUAUGAUGUUAUUUGGUGCCAAUGGGUUCUAGGUUAUAUUAAUGAUGAAGAUUUAAUAGGAUUUCUUAAAAAUUGCGUGUCAGGUUUGAAAAAAGAAGGUGUAUUAGUUGUAAAAGACAAUGUAACUAAAUCUGAUGUUUUGGAGUUCGAUACUACAGAUUCUUCUAUAACAAGACCAUAUAAAGAUUUAGUAGGUAUAUUUAACAAAGCUGGUUUGAUUUGUAUAAAAAGAAAAUUGCAAAAUCAUAUGCCUCCUGGUUUAUAUCCGGUUUAUAUGUUUGCUCUUAAACCAAAAAAUUAAUCAGCGCAAACAAAAUAAUUAAUAAUAGAGCAAUAGAUAUAAAAUAAUUUUAUU